AUGUAAGAGAUCAUGCCGAGUGUGUGUAAAUGCAACUGUAUUUUGUUUGUACUGUGCAUCCAAUGGCUGAGGAGAACAGAUUCAACAGAUCUCGACAGGUUGCUGUGAAAAAUCUUAUCCAGAAAAAAAAAAAAAAAAAAAGACACUCAAAUCCCUAACUCUUCCCUCCUAUUACAGGUCAGCCUUGUGGAUGCUUUGGAGACUUUAACUUCUGAAUGCGUGAGCUUCCCCUGGGAUCAGAAGAGCCAUGGGGAAAGACAAGAAGGAAGAGGAGCCUGUAUUUCUGAGGAAAAAGAUCACUUUGCUGAGGGCUUUCUCACUUCUUAUCGGCAGCAUGGUUGGCAGUGGCAUCUUUAUCUCCCCUAAAGGAGUACUGAAAAACUCUGGCAAUGUGGGCUUCUCCCUGGUUGUCUGGUUUGCCUGUGGGCUUCUCUCCAUGUUUGGUGCCUUGAGUUAUGCAGAGCUUGGAACAAGAAUCACCAAGUCUGGAGGACAUUAUAUUUAUAUACUGGAGACUCUAGGGCCUCUGCCAAGUUUCUUAUUUCUGUGGGCAGAGUUUUUUGCUAUCAGGCCUGCCAACAGUGCUGUGGUUUCGUUGGCGUUCGGACGGUACUUGCUGGAGCCCUUUUUUGCCCCUUGUGCGGCUCCUCUCCCCGCUGUGAAGCUUGUGUCUCUCCUGGGAUACUACACGGUCCUCACCCUCAACUCUUGGAGUGUCAGCUGGAGCGCCCGGGUGCAGACAGCUCUCUCCUUCGUCAAACUCCUGGCCCUUGCGCUCAUCAUCGUGCCAGGGAUGAUGCUUCUGGCCCGAGGCCAAACCGAAAACUUCCAGGAUGCUUUUGACAGACAGUCACUGGUUUUGGAUAAGCUGCCCUUGGCUUUUUAUGCAGGGAUGUUUGCAUAUUCAGGCUGGUUUCAGACUAGCUUUGUGCGUGAAGAAUUGAUCAGACCUGAAAGAAACAUCCCGCUGGCUGUGAUUGUGUCUGUGAUCACUGUAAUUGUGGGAUAUAUGCUCACCAACAUUUCCUAUUACACCGUCCUAGGGACACAAGAUGUUCUGGCUUCUCCAGCUGUUGCUGUGAGUUUUGUGCAGCGAGCCUUCAAAAGUCUUAUCUCAGUGGUUCCUGUCCUUGUUGCACUGUCCUGUUUAGGAACAAUGAAUGGAGGAAUCUUUACAUUUUCAAGGACUCUGUUUGUGGCCUCAAGAGAAGGACAGUGGCCUCCUCUCUUCUCUAUGAUCCAUAUUCGAAGGCAUACACCUCUUCCAGCUGUCAUGCUAAUGUUCCCUUUGGUUACUGCCAUGGUGUGUAUCGGAGAUAUCUACCAUUUAUUGAACUUCUUCAGCUUUUCCCGAUGGCUCUUCAUAGGAUUAGCCACCCUCGGACUCAUUGUCCAUCGCUACCGUCACCCAGAGCUGCAGAGCCCGUUCAAGGUGCCCCUGUUCAUUCCUGUUUCUUUUACCAUCAUCUGCCUCUUCACAGUGGGAAUGUCUUUCUACUCAGACCCUGUAAACAUUAGCAUUGGAUGCACCAUAGUUUUAAGUGGUUUUCCAGUCUACUACCUCGUAGUCUGCAGGCAAAUGUCGGAUCGCUGUCGAAGCCUGUUUUAUUAUCUCACACACAAACUGCAGCUAUUACUGGAAGUAGUCCAACAAGAAAUCAAGACUUAUUGAAGAAACCAUUGCAGCUAAAAGAAGAUAAAAUCUACUUGUUGCAAUUCUGAUACCUUUGAGGCUACCAAGAGCAGGUCAUGCUCUUAGUCUUUUAAUCACUGCAAAUAAAGAAGAACCUGAGCCAAAACCUUGCUGCAAGUGUUCCCAAGUUUGUCACUUGGGAUCUGGAGGAGUAUGCUGCAUCU